AUGGCUGACGAAUACGACGCCGAGCAGGCUGCUGAGCUCAAGAGAAAGAGAGCGUUCCGAAAGUUCUCCUACCGAGGAAUCGACCUUGACCAGCUCCUCGACCUCUCCUCCGACCAGCUUCGCGAUGUUGUCCACGCUCGUGCCCGCCGCAGGAUCAACCGUGGUCUGAAGCGCCGCCCCAUGGGUCUCAUCAAGAAGCUUCGCAAGGCCAAGCAGGAGGCUCAGCCUAACGAGAAGCCCGAUCUCGUCAAGACCCACCUCCGAGACAUGAUUGUCGUCCCCGAGAUGAUUGGCAGUGUCAUCGGCAUCUACUCCGGCAAGGAGUUCAACCAGGUCGAGAUCAAGCCUGAGAUGGUUGGUCACUACCUCGCUGAGUUCUCUAUCUCAUACAAGCCCGUCAAGCACGGUCGACCCGGUAUCGGUGCCACGCACUCUUCUCGUUUCAUUCCCCUCAAGUAA